AUGGCUCCUCAGCAGGACGGGCUUAGGAAACACGGCAUUUCUUCACCCUGGCCACAAGUCGAUGAAGAAGAGUCGGACUUGCCACUCUCAAGCUCUGCUUUCACAGGUGUUGGAACGGAUUUUGCAAUGGAGACAUCUACACCACCUGGCUACAAUGCCUGGAAGACUUGGCACCUACCUUAUACGGACUAUCCUGGAUAUGCCUCCGCAGGCGGCUACCCGAGCUAUUCACGCGACGGACAUCCUGGCAGCUCAGCAACAUGGUCCACCCGUAGGACUCCAGACGCAGAAAUUCGGGAGACUUCGACAUCAUCAACAACGCCUACGUUGAUUUCGAGUAACAUAGAUCCUUCCCUUUCAGCUACCGCCACUGAUGAUCCGGGGAGUGGACGUCCGGGUUGGCCAUGGGCAAAGAAAGACACGGACAACAGCCCCAUGUACGCUGCUGCUGCUAUCGUACCCAUAUUGGUGCUUGCAAUCAUAGGGGGUGUCGCCUUCUACUGUCUCCGCAAGCGUAGGCGACAGAGGGAAAGAGCUACUGUUACGCGGAUGACAGCUCAAGAGAUGAAAAUGCAGCCACGGGUUACAGCACACGCCUACAACGCACCACCACUACCAACCGUGUCACCACAUUAUGCUGGCUCAGCCAGCCAACCGCCGCCUACAUCUGACCCUAGUGCACCCCCUCCCGUCAUCCUAGGACCUAUUUCAUCUGGUGCGAAUGGUGCCUAUCUUACCGGUAUCGACACUUCGGAUGUCAUCUCCGUGACCUCAAAUAACCUCAGACCGGCAGACCCAUUCGCAGACAACAGUAGUCUAGCAGAACCUCCACCACCAUAUCGGCCACGAAGCAUUGCUCCGCCAAGCUUCGUGUCUGCGUCGCGACAAAGCAGCUUUCGCACCGUAGAUGCUCCGCCUACGACAUCGCAGACCCACCUCAUUGAGCGCUCGCCUUUCGAAGACGCUCAAGACGACGAUGUUAUGUCUGAGCUAUCGGGUCCUACGCCAGGACGAGGCGACGACGACGCUAUUUCGGUCGUCUCCGACCUUUCGUACCAGCAGGAUCCUGUGGUAGGCAGGUCCUCUCUUGCGUAG